GAUCCGCCGCGGCCAGCCCCGCAGCCGGGCUGACUCUCCUUGCCCACGUGCGGGUGGGGGCGCCUGGCCCGUUUCCUCGGGAUGCCAUGUCCGUGCCGUCCGAUAGCCGGGCUUUGCUCCGGGCUGAGCUAACGCGGAGACCUGGGCUCCCCGCACUUCAGCCUGCAGGAUGCUGAUGCGGUCAUGGCUGCUCUCCUGCGGCGCUCCGCCACUCCCACGUUUCCAGGGACGCUGCAGAGUGAGGAGCAAGAUGAGCUGCAUUACCAGGACACAGACUCGGACGUGCCAGAGCAGCGGGAGAACAGGUGCAAGGUCAAGUGGACUCACGAAGAGGAUGAAUGGCUGAAGACGCUAGUGAAACAGUUUGGACAGAGCGACUGGAAGUUCCUGGCAAGUCACUUUCCCAACCGCACUGAUCAGCAAUGCCAGUACCGGUGGCUGAGAGUGUUGAAUCCAGAUUUGGUUAAAGGGCCUUGGACCAAGGAAGAGGAUCAGAAGGUAAUUGAAUUGGUUAAAAAAUUUGGCACAAAGCAAUGGACACUGAUAGCAAAGUACCUGAAAGGGAGGCUGGGGAAGCAGUGCCGGGAACGCUGGCACAACCACCUGAACCCCGAGGUGAAGAAGUCCUCGUGGACGGAGGAGGAGGACAGAAUCAUAUUUGAGGCUCACAAAGUUCUGGGGAACCGCUGGGCUGAGAUUGCCAAGCUGCUGCCUGGGAGGACUGACAAUGCUGUGAAGAACCACUGGAACUCCACCAUCAAACGGAAAGUGGACACGGGAGGUUUCCUCAGUGAAACAAAAGACUCUGAGUCCCUGUACUUGUUGGUGGAGGUGGAGGGCGAAGAAAGCCAAAGUGUCCAGAGUGCUGGGAACCAGAAAAACCUACACACUAGCUGGCCUGCCGAUACCUUGGAAAUAAAGGAGGAAGAAGCCAGUGAGGAGGAAGCAACUGGCUUCCAGGAGCUGACCUCUGAGCAAGCAGCUGCAGCACUGGCAGAGGACAAUGCCGAGGGGGCCCCAAAGGACGUGGUGCCUGAAGACGCAUCGCCAGACAGCACCUUUCCAUACAAAUGGGCAGCUGACACUGCCAACUACUUGAGCCUGACUUCGGGACCAGCCUUUACGGAAGCUCUGGACAUGAUGGAAUCGGACCCAGACGGGUGGUGUGACCUGAGUCACUUCGACUUGCCCGAGGAUCCAGCCGCUGGCGACAGCAGCAGCAGCAGCCCGGUCAGGCAGGCCCCCAGGAAGCCCCCAGGACCUGUACCUCACGUGAUAGAGUAUCGCCUGGAUGGCCACACCAUUUCAGACCUGAGCAAAAGCAGCAAGGGUGAGCUGAUCCCCAUCUCUCCCCGCUCAGAGGUGAGCUCUGGCACGCCACCCUCGGUGCUUAAGAGGCAGAAGAAGAGGAAGAUCUCCCUCUCGCCCGUCACGGAGAACACCAGCUACUCCUUCAUAGACUCCUGUAACAGCAUGACGCCCAAGAGCACCCCGGUCAAGACACUGCCUUUCUCCCCCUCCCAGUUCUUAAACUUCUGGACCAAACAGGAUACACUGGAGUUGGAGAACCCGUCCCUGACCUCCACUCCUGUGUGCAGUCAGAAGGUGAUAGUGACCACCCCGCUGCACAGGGACAAGACUCCGCUGCACCAGAAAAACUCAACGUUUGUCACUCCAGAUCAGAAAUACGUAGCAGAUAACACACCCCACACGCCCACGCCUUUUAAGAACGCCCUGGAAAAGUACGGCGCCAUGCGGCCACUGCCGCAGACCCCUCACCUGGAAGAAGACUUGAAGGAAGUGCUCCGAAGCGAAGCUGGCAUCGAGUUGAUCAUAGAGGAUGAUGUGAAGCCUGACAAACAGAAAAGGAAACAAGGACUGCACAGGAGUCCCAUCAAGAAGGUCAGGAAGUCUCUUGCCUUGGACAUUGUGGAUGAGGAUGUGAAGCUGACUGUCUGCGCCAUGCCUAGGUCCAUCUGCUUCAAAAGAGCACAGCCUGUGAGUUUCCUCUCGAGGUCCCUUAACCUUUCCUCCUCAAGCAGCAAGGACGACAGCGGUUUGCUCAAUAGGGGGUUCGUGCAGGUGAAGACUGAGAAGACCUCAUCCUCCAGGAAGAUCCCAAGCCAAUUCAGACCACCUGCUCCGAUGUCCAGUGCAUGGAAAGUAGUGGCUUGCGGCGGAACCCGAGACCAGCUUAUCAUGCAGGAGAAAGCUCGGCAGAUCUUAGGUGCAUUAAAACAGAGCCACACGUCAAGGACAUUGAUCUUAUCAUGAAGGAUUGUUGGUUUUUCUCUGCUUUACGAUUUUUUAAUUUUUUUAAGUAGAGGAGGGGGAAAAAGAACACACAGAAGAAUUCUCUUUGGCAAAGACACUGUUUAUUUUCCCUUCUCUGAACUCCAUGUUCCCUGGUAGAUCCAUAUUUUAAUAAAUU